GCUCAAAGCGUGAAAGUUAGUUUAUCAAUUACAUGUAAUACUUCACCUUUUUAAUAUUCUCAACAUCACCACUUCUUCAAUUUGUACUUCUCGGGGAAUAUUUCUCACAGGCUUUUGAACAGGUUUACCUCAAUUGACGAGCAUUUUACCAGUCUACCCGAGGAAUAUAUUUUGAACUUAUAUUCCUGUCGCAUUUUGCACUCAGAAGCCUACACUCACACCUCCUCGUUGCCGCCCGGCACAUAUAUUCACAAUGUCGAAGCAUCGCCCUCGCAUCCCGAUGGGAUCACUCAGCGACAUGGCUUCAACUGUUCGUAACAAGAAAACUGCAUCCAAAACUAAUCCUCUCGGAUCUACUCAGCUACAAAAGAAUCAAAAGCUAGCCAAGGAUACCAGUAGCGAUGAUGACAGUAGCACCAGCAGCUCUGACGACAGCGACCGAAGUGGCAGCGAUAGCGAAAAUGAUCUCGAGGCUGCCAAGAGCAAGUACGCUGCAAAGCAGGCAACCAAGCGCAAGGUUACUGAACCAAAAGCGAACGCUACUAAGUCAGAACCUACCAAGACUAUCCCGAAUGCGGGCGCAUCAUCAUCAUCUAAAGUUUCUACCAAGGCAGCAGCUUCCAAAGUUCCGGAUGAUUCCGAUUCCGAUUCCGACUCCCAGAGUUCGGAUUCUAGCGACAGCCCGGCCAAGAAUGGCGCGGCGGUAAAGGGAGGAAAUAAAGAUGAGGAGGAAGCAGAGAGUGCAUCGGACAGCGAGAGUGAUGAUGAAGAUCCUAGUGCACAGCGCACUGCUGAGGCCGAAUCUUCUAGCGACGAGGCUAGCGAUAGCAGUUCCGAUGAUGAUAGCGAGGAAGCGCAUGGCAUGGAGAUAGAUAGUGACGAGGUGGCCAUUUCUAGAGUUAAUGGCAAUGAUGCUUCCGAGGUUUCCCGGCCUGGUUGGCUUAAUAGCUCUGAAUUUGUGAUUCGCAAAGCUUCAUCCGACAACCCGGCCAAAGAAGUUGCAGAGUUUUUUAGCAAAACCAACUUGGAAGGGAAGCAGGUGUGGUAUUUUACGGCACCAGCGUCAUUACCAAUUACUGUGCUCAAAGACAUGGAGAUUGAUCUGUCCAAGGCGACUCCCGGAGAAGCAUUACUAAAUCAUAAGGGCGACGAUUACGGCCUAGAUCUUGAGUCUCAUGCUACUAGCACACAGAUCCAGUUGCUUAUCCCUUCACAAGGAGGGGAUAACUAUACUUCUCUGAAUCGUGGAAUCGACUCAACUGUGCAUCUCCGUCGCAUAGCUAAAUUCGGACCUGGUGGCACUGUCAGUGCUACUGCCACCGAGGAUUACGCACCGAUACCGAAGGCUAUUCGAGAGCAGCCACAGGGCCUAAGACCCCGUUUCACCCCUAUUGGCGUCCCUAGCUCUGUGCCACAGGUCCAGCCCUCAGAAUCUCGUCCCGUGCCCACAGCGCGGGCAGAUUCUUCAUCUGAAUCGGACAGUGAGUCAGAGAGUGCAUCCGACGAAGACUCAGCGGUAUUGCCUACCCCGACCAAUGCGAAGAAAUCCAAGAAACCAGCUGCUGUCAAUGGGAAGCUGAAGCGAAAGCAACCCGAAGGAGAAGUCAAAUCAACCCCAAUUCAAGAACCUCGGUCUCAGGAGAAGUCUGCAAAGAGACCUAAGACCACUAAACCUGCCCCUUCCAAGGUUUCGAGCUCCAAUAAUAAGGAAACGCCUGUCUCGACCCAGAGACCAAACGGUACCCCCAGCAACAAGAAGGAAAAAUCAAAGUACUCGAUACAGCCAACGAAACAGACUCCAGUCCCUGUACCUAAAGUUUUUAGCAUGAACCGAUAAGUUGGGGAGCACUGAAGUUGCUUAGCCUACAUUUUUGGGGCUUGCAUCGACAUUUUGUCACUUGUAUACAUUCAGCUAACAAGUGGUGGAUCUAUCGGGCAGAAUUUGGCUUGUGGCAUUAUCGCGCACACGUCGCCGCCUAUGUGCGAGAUAGUUUACUAGAGGUAGGGAACCCAAUGAAAUGUGGUUUACCACCAAAAUCGGCAGGCUCAGGUGCGUUUGCGCAUGGAUAUUCCUAUAGAAAAUGACAUGCGGCGUCGACGGAACGUGAAUUAUGGUAGUGUGGUCUUAUCGCUCCUUUUCUUGAGAUACCACAAGCGGUUUAUCCGUUAGUCUUCGUCUUUUUCCUAGCACUCCUAUGGAUUGGGUGCGGCUGGGCAGGCCAAUAUCAAAAGUACUAGGUUAGGAAGUUAGCAAUGGUAAUUCAACAGAUUUGAUGCAUUCCACCACUACAGUAAUGUCAAUUAUGGCUUGAGCUAUUUUAUAGAGUAUCCAUUUGCCGGUUCGGAAUCGCUAUUUACUUAGG